AUGGAAAUUAAAAGAAUUAGUGUCCAUGUUAUUGCAUAUAUUUGGUCUGAUAAUGGACAUAAUUUAUUUGAUUAUGAAAGUGAUUCAUUAAUCAAAAAGUAACUGGAUUUUGAUUUUUAAGGUAAUGAUCUUAUAAAUUAAAGAAUAGGAAGAGUUGUUUAAUUAGAUCGAGAGAUUUUAGCACUUACAAAAAAUGUAUUAAUUUACAAUAAAAUUAUCUAGGAAGUAGUGAGAAACCAAAAAGAAAUAUUUGAGUUUAGGAGUAACCAAUAAUUUAUUGAAUUACACAAUUAAAAAAUUGAAAAUGCCUUUUGGAAAGUCAUUCGACCUAAUUAAACUUCAGAUUUACCAACUCUUGAGAAAUAGAAAUUAUAAAUAAACUCUAUAAUAAAGUUAGGGAGAGUUAGGCUCACUAUAUUAUAUUAUAGUUUUACAUAUGAAUUUGAUGACAAAGCUAUACCAGAUGAAAUGGAAGAGAGGAAUAAAUUAAAUGAUAGUGAUUUUAUUGAAAGUCAAGUUUAAUGUAGAUUUUGUUUAAGUAAAUUGGCUACCUUAGAAAAUCCAUUCAUAAGUCCUUGUAAAUGUGCUGGUUCAAUAAAGUUUGUGCAUUUAAAAUGUUUAUAGAAUUGGUUGAAUAGUUAAUUAAAAAAAAAAGAAUAAAAUGGUGUAACUCUAUAUUAUUGGAGGAGUAUGAAAUGUGAAUUAUGUAAGAUUGCUUAUAAAAGUAAUUUUGAUUUUAAUAUAAUAGCAUCUUUUAAAUUUAAAUAAUUUCAUUAUAAUAUUUGUGAUGUGAAUAAGCCUAAAGAACCUUAUUUAUUAAUAUAAAUUAAUCAUAAUGAUAAAAAUAAAGAGUAAGGACUUUAUAUGAUUGAAAUUAAAAAUAGAAAUAUUAUAAAAAUAGGAAGAACUUAAGAUUGUGAUAUAAAAUUACAUGAUAUUUCAGUAUCUCGUCAUCAUGCAAGUAUUUUAAUAAAUUAAAAUGAUUAAUCUUUUCAUAUAUAAGAUAAUUGUUCAAAAUUUGGUACUUUAGUAUUAGCUUAAGAAUCUGAUUUAUAAAUUCAUUUGAAUUCAUAAAAACGAUUAGCUUUGUAAGUUGGCAGAGUAGUUAUAGUUGUAACAAUUGAAAAAAAGAUAAACAAAAAAAAGUAUGUAUUUUUGUAUAAUGAAUUCAGAUUCAAUAAAUAUAGAGUACCUUCUUAAGUUGAAGUUUUUAGAUAAAUUAAGUAACAUGAAGAUGAAGAUAAAGAUAAAGAAAUAUCUGGUGAAUAAUAAUAAUUAGAUGAUGAAGAAGAGAUAUUAAUUAAUGAUCCAGCUUAUGAUAAAGAUUAAGAUAUUAAUAAAUUUAAUAAUAUGAAUUUUCUUACUGGAAGUAUCAUACAAAAAGAGUGA